UCAAAACGGACCAGACGGCACAGUCGGAAGUGAUCGAACCUAGUUAGACUUGAACCUCCGGAGAUGACAACGUUAGCGAGCACCUUGGUUAAUCACUAUAACAAUCUGUUCAACGAACGAAGAGAUGAACGAAGUGCGCAUCUUCCACUGGCUGGAUCUCCGAUCCUCAUCCUCGGAAUAGUUAUCGCAUAUCUAUACUUCGUACUCAAGUUUGGCCCUCGGUAUAUGGCUAACCGUAAACCGUACAAUCUACGAAGCAUAAUUAAGGUCUACAACUUAUUUCAAGUCAUGGCCAACAGCAUUCUGUUCCUAAGAAUUAGCUAUAAUGUGUUUUUCCAAUAUAACUAUUUCUCAUUCAAUUGUCAACUAGUCGACUACUCGAGAUCGCAGCGUGGAAUGGAUGAAGUGUUCUUCAGCUAUGCCUACUUCUGCCUAAAGCUCAUCGAUCUAGUCGAUACUGUGUUCUUCGUCCUAAGGAAAAAGCAAUCACAUGUUUCGUUUUUGCACGUCUACCAUCACUCUCUGAUGGUCGUUACCACAUUUUGUGGAUUGGUAUUCGUUCCAGGCGGUCACGUCCUAAUCUUGGGACUCUGGAACACUCUGGUACACGCGAUCAUGUACUUUUACUACUUUCUAACGUCUCUAGGUUCAUCAGAGAGUAGCAUAUGGUGGAAGAAACACCUAACACGGCUGCAGUUGGUUCAGUUUCUUCAUAUAGCAUUUCACUUUGGCCGACCUCUAAUGAUGGGUGGUUGUAAGUUUCCAUUAUUUUGGCUGUGGUAUGGGUUCUUACAGGCUAUUUUUGUACUUGCACUGUUUCUAGAAUUUUACUUGAAAGCUUACAGUUCGAAACUAAAACGAAAUUGA